AUGGCAACGGAUUCAAUGGAGAGCCAGGAUAACAGCUUUGAAAAUGAAAUAUUAGACCAGGGAGAUAAUAACGAUAUAUUUUUCAACUCAGGUUCCGAUUUGGAAUCUCAUGUAGACGACCGGCAGGAGGACAGUGAUACAGAAGAGAAUUUUAGUGAUACUGAAUGGGAGGAGGUACCCCUACAUCAGGAUAGGAAUAGUAAUGUGACUGUCACUAUCGAUGCAGAACACCUCAUUAGAUCAGGACCGAAAAGAAAAAGAAGACUGCCGUCUAUCUCUGCCAAGAGCAGGAAGGAGAAUCAGCAGAUUAAGAAAUUAUGCUUUGGCCUAAGCAUUGUUAUGAUCCCAGUGAUGUUGAACACUUUGAAGGAGAGGGCAUAUUGGGCAGAUGAUAUCAGACUGAAUCGAAGGUUGAGACGCUCAGUACCAAAAAUAAUUGUUCAGAAAUUUGGUCAUUUGAAUGAGUCCAAAGAAAUGGGUAAAUCUUUACCGACUCUCCUACUUGGACUGGUUUCCUGGUUUAGGUCAAACUACAAGAUAAAUAGUAACGGUUUUCGUCAAAAUGCAAAAAGGCUCAAAUACCUCUUGAAACAUCCGAGCAGCGAUCACUAUUCCUAUAUCCUGAAUAACCCGGAAACUUUCUAUGGAGUACGACCAGCAUUGGAUUCGAAGAAUAUACUAGAAGGUAUUCGAAACAUGGCAAAAAUGAAAAUGGCUAAUCGCGAUAUUCUGGCCGUGUUUUUUGCAGUGAUACUGCAAAAUCUGAUAAGAACAGAUGACGAUAGUGCAAGAAUAUCAAUAUGUUUUGCAUUUCCGCUGAUACAGUACGAUCAAGCUGUUCCAAACGGAAACGAUACGAUAGAUCAUGUACCGAAUAGAUUUGAUACUGACCUUCUUCAACCAUAUUUCUGGAUCCAGUUAGAGAUAUUGGAUGAUCUCUACACGAUUGAUCCAAUAGUCCAUUUAAAAGACGAUGAGAUUGUUUCCAAACAUAAGGCAGGUGGCAUAAUACGUAUUUUUGAACCGAAACAGCAGCAACAACAGCAUAAUUUUAGUUAUGUUGUCGCUAUUAACUUGAAAAACAAAAUAGUUGAAGAUGUAUCUCCAAGAUACCUUUCAAAUCUAGCAUAUCGUUAUUUUAAUUUCAUUCCCUUCCGAAAUCCUUGGGGAAGAUCGCUGAGCAGAAAGCAAUAUGAGCGGUUUUUAGGAUUCUUAAAUCAGGCUAAUCAUUUUGAUCAAGCACUUUUAGAAACAUCUCAAGGAAUGAGUUUAUUGGCAUUCCAGAAUUUCAACCCGCCACUCAAUGUCAAGGAUAUGUAUACCUCCGAAUCAUUCGCUAUAAAAAGCUUUUUGAGGGCCAAUGAAGUGAUCGAUCCUUCAGCCAAGCCCGUUUUCAUAUGGAAAUGUGGGAAAUUCAAUGAACCUGUUUACUGGAAAGGGGAUAUUUUAUUGUUGAAGAGUAGGCAGCAUUGGAACAUGUUAGGAAGAGCGGUGGAAAGAGAAGCACAGCCGCUCAAACGGAAGAAAUUUGCACCAUUGAAAAGCAAACAACUCGGGAAGUUUUAUGCAGAGUACGAAAUAAGAGACCUUUUUUCUGUCGAUCAAACCUAUCUGACACCAAAACUGCCAAAUUCCAAAGUUGGCGAUGAUGGGUUGCUAAUCACUAUUACUGAUGUCGAAGAAUUCAAAAACAAAUUUGGAAAUGUCGAGAUAUACUAUGAAGCGGUGAAGCCGGAUGGAUUCGAAAUUUUUCCACUGUCGGAUCAAGAUCUUAACGUAAAAGGGCUCAUUCGUAAGUACAAUAAGAGUAAAAAGCACGUAAGGAAGAUCAAGUACGUCGACGUUGUGAGUGGGUUUGACUUUAAGGAAAAGCGUGGAUAUGCAAUUCCCGUGGUAAAAUCCAUACUCGUGAACAAGGUUGAUUACACAAUAUUGCAAGGGCUGGUUAAAAAACACCUAGAAUUGAGGAACUUGCAAUAUUGGAACACUCUACUUAAAAAAUUAGCAAUAAAAGAACGGCUUGAUAGCACUUACGGUGAGUGA